AUUAUUUAAUUUCCCGUGGUCGGUACAAGUUCUAAAGUUGUAACCAGUGAUUUAGUUUUACUUAUUUAUUUAUUUUUUAUAGAAUAAAAUGUUGACUCAUGCAAUCUUCUAGACGAUACUUAAAUUGCUGUAGUGUAAGAUUAUAUACAUUAAUAUAAAUAUUUAAUUAGUGAAUAGUGACAGAAUUAUUAUAAAAUGAUUAACGAAGACAUUCAAUACGAAGUCCAAGUAACAAAUGCGUACAAGAACUAUGGGGCAAAUAAUGUAUUUAAUGGUUUGAAUAUGAACGUUACAUCAGGUUCAAUCUAUGGUCUCUUAGGUCCGAGUGGUUGUGGCAAAUCGACACUACUUCAUUGUAUAUUAGGAACAAUGACAUUAGAUUCCGGUACUAUUGAUUUAAAAGUAGAAAGUUUGAAAGACGUUGGAUACAUGCCACAAGAUUUAUGUUUGGAGACAGAGUUAACAAUAAAUGAAACGUUUGAAUACUACGGAACAUUGUAUAAGAUGAAUGAGAAAAGUAUAAAAACAAAAAAAGUUGAACUUACCACAUUUCUACAACUAUCAAACACGGAUAGUUACAUUAAAGAUUUGAGUGGUGGACAGAGCAGACGAGUAUCGCUGGCUAUUUCGUUACUGCAUGAUCCAAAAUUGAUUAUAUUGGAUGAACCAACAGUCGGAAUUGAUCCUAUACUGAGAAACGAUAUUUGGACUGAGUUCACAAAGAUGGUUGUUCAACAUAAAAAAACCAUUAUAAUAACUACUCAUUAUAUCGAGGAAGCUAAUCAGGCUAACUGUAUUGGCCUGAUGAGAAAUGGAGUUAUUAUUGAAGAAAAAUCACCCCAAGAUAUUCUCACCAAAUGUAAUACAGAUUCUUUGGAAUCAGCUUUUUUAGAAUUAUGCUGCAAUCAAGACAAAAACGAAAAUCAUAUGGCUAAAAAUGUUCCGGCAAAAGAAGUACCACGGAAGAAUAAAUUAAAGAAAAUUGAAAAUAACAUUGAUUUUCAUAGAAUAAAAGCAUUGUUUAAAAAGAAUUGGCAAGUGUUUUCUAGAGACUACAUGUUAUUAUUUUCUGUCAUUUUUCUUCCUUUACUACAAAUGUUCAAUUUUUGUAAUGCAAUUGGGAAUGACUUCAAAAACAUGCCAAUAACAUUUAAAAACGAUGAGGUUAAUUAUGAAUCCUGUAAAAAUUUUAGUACACAACGAUGUAUUUUUGACGAAAGUUUCAAUGAAGCAAUGAGUUGCGUUGUACUGGACUACUUUGCAUCACAAAAUUACAAAUUAAUUGAAGUAAAAGAUCAGGAAGCUGGUGAAAUGAGUAUGAAUAAUGCUGGAAAUAUGGCGUUUAUUUACUUUCAAAGAAACUAUACAAAAGAUUUGAUUAAAUAUAUUAAUAGAGAUGAUAACAUAACAGAGUACAGUAUUUUUAUGCAUAUAACUAAUGAAAACUUUUUGUUUAAAAAUCAAAUUAGGAUGGAUGUUUAUAAAUCGUAUAAUCAUUUGAUGAAAACAGUUUUAAAUAAUUGUAACAUAAAUCCGAGAACAAUAAAUUUACCCGUGGAUGUUCAUACUAUUGUUGGCAAUGAUGUUAAGAUAUAUACAAAUGGAAUAAUUGCAUUGUUCAUAGAAAUGACAAUAUUUUUUCUUCUCAGCUCGUUUGGAGCGUCUAUAGUAUUGACGGAAAAAAUUAGUGGAAUCCUUAACCGAUCGAUGUUCGCAGGUGUCAAUCUGAUGGAAUUUUCAACUGCGCUAUUUUGUUUAUGUACACUGAUACUUUCUGUACAAAGUGUCCUAUUUUGCUUGAUUUCGUACGUAUUGUUUUUCAAUCCAAUAAUAACAUCGGGAUUGUUUCUGUACUCAUUCGGAUUGCUGCUUUCCGGAUGGAUUGGCUUCUUAUUUGGUAAGUGAUACAAGAUUUUUUAUGGUUU